AUGAAGUACGCUACCAUCGCUAUUGCCCUCUUCGCCGUCGCAGGCCUUUGCUCGCCGUACUACGAGGAAGACGACAACGACCACAACCAAUGCUUGCCUCAAUGCCACAGGAGCCAGCCUCACUGCCGCCACGAUCACCCUCACUAUCCGCACGCGAAGAAGUUCAGAGGUGACUGCUGGAGAUGCUGCAAGAGCUCCCAUGGUGACUUCCGUGACCUUGAUGUUGACGACUAUGAGGAAGUCAUUGGUGAAUUUCCUAAGCUUUGA